UAUUAAUUCAGCAAAGGAAAUACAAAAAAAAACUGGUAUUCUCCUUCGUACUAUUGAGCGUAAUCUUAAAAAGCUUAGAGAAACAGGUAAUAUCAAUCAUCAGUGUAAUAAUAGUCAGAAAUCAAAGAUUAUACAAACUAUAUCCCAGGCUAUUGAACAAUAUGUGCACAAAAAUACUGCAAUUUUGACCUGCCAACUUGCUGCAAAAAUACAAAAUACCUGUAAUAUUUCCAUUUCAUAUAAAUCCAUCUAG